CGACAUCAGAGAAACAACAUGGCUGACGAUGAAAAAACUGAAACUGCAAAAGACCAAAUAAACGAAGAAGCUCCAGCAAAUAUCCAAACUGAUAACAAUUCUAAGGAACCUGAAACUGGAGGUAAUGCUGAGACUGAGCAGACGGAAAAUGUAGAAAAUAAAUCUCAAACACCAGUAGAAGCAAAGGAAGCAACCGAAACUAAAGACGAGACUUCCGCUGGUGACAAAGCAGAAGAGCAAGUAGAAGAGAAACCAGAUGAUAAGGCUGAUGAUAAAUCAGAAGUUAAACCAGAGGAUAAACCCGAUGAUAGAGCAGAUGGUGAAAAUGAGAGUAAAGACGAUACGGAGAAAAAAACAGAAGACAAUUCGGAAAUUAAAAGUGAAGAAAAAGAGAAAGAAAAAGCUGAUGAACCUGAUGGGCAUAACGAAGAAGAUGGUGAAGUAGAAAAGGUAGGAAAAGAGGGAAUAGAUGAAAAUGUAGAGGGAGAGAAAGAAGCAGAAAAAGAAGGAGAUGGAGGAGAUGGAGAUGGAAAAGAGGGAGAAGGAGAAGUGAAAACAGCUGAUGCUGAUGAAGAAGAGAAAGAGGGAGAUAAAACUGUAAAGGAAGAGCAAUCGGUUAAAGAUGUCAUAGAUGGUGAUAAAAAUGUUGAUGGUACAGAAACUGAGGAAAAAGGAGAAGAAAAGGCAGAAGCAGAAGGGGGAGAAGUAACAGAAGAUAAUAAAGAAAAAACAGAAAAAGAAGGAGAAGAGAACGAUCAAAAAGAUGAAGAAGGGGAGAAAGAGACUUCAGAUAAUGUGAAAGAUGAAUUAACUGAAACAAAGAAACCUGAGACUAUUGAAGAGGAAUCUAAAGAAGAGGAAUUAGAGAGAGAUCAUGAAGUUGACCCUGACGACGAAGAGCUAAGAACUGCAACGAGACUAUCAGAUCCUAGGCCAAAAUCAGAAUCUCCUCGAUCGCCGCCAAAUAUAGCCUCACCGACUGAUUUUGAAGAAUCGGAUGGAGCCGAGGAACUCGAGGAAUUAAAUCAACUGGAACAGGAAGAAUAUGAAAAUAAGACUAGGGAAAAUCUCUACAAAGAAUAUUUAGAACUCUUAGAGCAGAGGAAUGAACUUACCCAAAAAAACAGUCAAUAUCAAAACAAAAUUUAUGACUAUUUUAGAAGAAAGAAAAUGGAUGAAGGUCUUAGAACAGAGGUAGAUAAGGCUGCGGAUAAUGAACAAAAGUAUUUAAAAUAUAUGAAAACACUAUCGGAAUUUAAACAACAAUACACUAACGAAGAGUUAAUAACCAGUGAACAUUUAUCAGAACUUAAGGAAAGAUGCCAGUAUAAACAGAAACAAGUGUCCGAUAUUUACGAGGAAUUUCUCCAAUAUAAGAAAGAAGUUGCGUUGAAAUCUAUAUCAACUAGGUCAUCCAAAAAUAUCUCUGAGAAGGAAAUUGACGCAGCACUAUUAAAAGAAAUGAAAAAGGAGGAGGAAGUCUCUCAAGUUCGAUUAGAAAAUCACAAAUUAAAGCAUAAACUCCAAAAUAAGGAACAGCAGUUAAAAUCUAAAGAAGAACUUGCCGAAGGUCUACACCUUAUUGAUUUUGAACAGCUUAAAAUUGAAAAUCAGACUUAUAACGAGAAAAUUGAAGAAAGAAAUGAAGAAUUAGUAAAAUUAAGGAAAAAGAUUACAAGUACAGUUCAAGUUCUAACUCACCUUAAGGAGAAACUACAACAUCUUCAAGCAGAGAAUUCCGUCAAGGAUGCCACCCUGAGAGAAGUUGAACAAAAAGCAGCAAAGAAAAGGGAUUUAUUAUCAAGAACCAAACAAGUUAGAGACGCUUUAAGGAAUGAAAAUUUAAAAUUGAGACAAAAUUGCGGCCUACUCGGUAAUGAAAUUUUAUUAAGAGAUUUCGAAGAGAGAGUUGACGAAGGUAACGCCUUAAAAAAUCGACUGGAAGAGUUGAAAAUACAACAUGCUCAAUUAACAUUACAAGCAAAUGGUAUUAAACAAAAGAUUGAACUUGCUAAAGGAAAUUUGCAGGGUGUACAAAAGUUUAUGUAACUCUCUGAAUUUAAUUAAUUCAUUAAAUUAAUUAAGUCUUAUUUAUUAAUUGUUUAAAUUUUAUUUUCUAAAAAUAUAAUAUAUGCACGA